AUGGCUUCCUUCACUAAAGUUUCCACUUUCCUCGCAAUCAUUGCUUCAUUACAACAAUUGACUGUUGCUACUCCACCAGCUUGUUUAUUAGCUUGUGUAGCCCAAGUCCAGAAAUCAUCAUCUCAAUGUUCUGGAUUGAACGACUUGUCAUGCAUCUGUUCCGACAAGGGAGACGAUGUCAAGUCUUGUUUGGAUAACAUUUGUCCAAAUGGUGAUGCUGAUGCUGCCAAGUCAGCUUUUGAAAGUUCUUGUUCAGGACACAGCGAUGAUAGCAGCAGCAGCAGUUCUUCGUCAUCCGCUUCACCAUCAUCUUCAUCUGAAGCUCAAUCAAGCUCGAGCCAAGUUGAAUCAUCUUCAACUCAAGCUUCAUCAAGUGAAGAACAGCAACAAUCAUCUUCAUCUUCUGCUGCCGCUCCAUCUGGUUCAUCAUCAGUCGAAGCUCAAUCUACAUCUGAAGCUGCUUCAGCUGCCCCAUCUUCAUCAUCAGUCGAAGCUCAACCUUCUUCAUCUGCUGCUGGUGGUAACGGUGGUUCCGGCCAAGAAUCCACUUCAUCUCAAGAGCAUGCAUCAUCUACUUUGCAAACUUCUUCAGUUGCUGCAGAAUCUACCUCUUCUUCAGCUGUCGCUUCUGUUGCUACUCAAACUGAAGGCUCAGGCGCCAACAAGGUUGGUUUGGGAGCUUUAGUUGGUUUAGUUGGUGCUGCUUUAUUAUAA